ACGAACUCUACAGAUUCAAAAAUAAUUUUUUAAAGAGAAAAAAAAAUGCAGAUCUCUGAGGAUGGGAAUCAAUCAAGUAAUGAAAUCGCCGGAGCUGAUCAUAAUAUUCUGAAUUUAUUGGACUCCAUGGAUAAUUACCUAAUCCUCGUCGAUUCAUUAUCUUCAUCUCUUCGCCAGGGAUGGCUGGAGUUAGCCAGUGCUCGAUAUUCGAUGGGGGCUUCUCGAGUCAACAGCUCCUUGUUUGACCUCAAAUCUCACCAGCUACCGAAUCAGGACCUAGACAAUGCUGGCACCGAUACGGAGUUACCACGCUUCACUCUGUGCAAAUGGACGUCGUCUGACGAAGCCAAACUUGAGGAGGAUGAGUUGUUGAAGAACAAGUCUGAUAAUCCACCAGUUCAACAUCAGGAGUCUGAAGAGAGAAAGGCAGAAGAAUCGGGAUCGCCAGUUACUGCUAAUAAUCAUGCUGAGAAAGAAAGAUUUAAAUCCCUCUCUAUGUUUGGAACACUCGUCUCUCCUAAGCUUCGUGCAACCCAAUCAACAUUCGAGACAGCUUUGGAGACGCUGGUAGAAAUGUCGAAUUUACGGGCUUCUUUGCUUCGUGCUUACGACCAGGUGCAGAAGGAUCGGAAGACCGAUGAAUAAUCGCGGUUGACUUCUCCUCGUUUUAGUAAAAUUAUCGAGAUUAGCUUUUAUCCAUUCUAUUAUGUAGUCCCAAGUUAAACCACUUUUAACACCUGUACACAACAUGCUUGAAGAUUUUGUCAUUGAGAAGUAAAUGUCAUACCAACAUUAUUAAUUCAAUUCUUGCUCUGUUUCGCU